GUUUCUCCGGCGGGCGGGAGGGAGGCGGCGAGCGGCGCCAUCGAGAGGGUUAAUAAUUUUAAACCAGCGCCGCUGCCACCUCACACACACCCCCCCCCUCCCUCCCUCCCCUCCCCGCCAAAUGUCUCUGUCCCCACACAGGGUCGGCGGAGACCAGCGCCGCGCCGCAGCCGUCUGCUUUUGAAAAAAAAAAAAAAUUUAAAUAAAAAGUGUUGAGGAGGAGGAGGGAUUCGGUUUUGUGCAGCAGAGGGAGCGCCGCCAACCUCCCCCCCCCCCCCCCCCCCCCUCACCAUGUCGGUGAGGGAGACGUUCAACCCCGAGAGCUACGAGUUGGACAAGCACUUUCGGCUGAGCCGCUUCGCCGAGCUGCGGGGCACGGGCUGCAAAGUGCCGCAGGAUGUGCUGCACAAGCUGCUGGAGGCCCUGCACGACAACCACUACCAGGACGACGAGCAGUUCCUCGGCGCCGUCAUGCCCCGGCUGGGUAUUGGGAUGGAUACGUGCGUUAUUCCCUUAAGACACGGUGGACUAUCUCUGGUUCAGACGACUGAUUAUUUUUAUCCUAUUGUUGAUGAUCCUUAUAUGAUGGGUCGUAUUGCUUGUGCCAAUGUUCUAAGUGAUCUUUAUGCCAUGGGUGUCACAGAGUGUGACAAUAUGUUGAUGCUGCUUGGAGUCAGCAAUAAAAUGACAGAUAAGGAACGGGACAAAGUAAUGCCACUAAUAAUACAGGGUUUUAAAGAUGCGGCAGAUGAAGCGGGUACAUCGGUUACUGGAGGACAAACAGUAUUAAACCCUUGGAUCAUUUUAGGUGGUGUAGCCACUACAGUCUGCCAGCCGAAUGAAUUCAUCAUGCCAGACAAUGCAGUACCGGGCGAUGUAUUGGUAUUGACAAAACCACUUGGGACUCAAGUAGCCGUGGCUGUGCACCAGUGGCUCGAUAUUCCAGAGAAAUGGAAUAAGAUUAAGCUUGUUGUAACUCAAGAGGAUGUGGAAUUGGCUUACCAAGAAGCCAUGAUGAACAUGGCACGACUGAACAGAACUGCCGCUGGCCUUAUGCACACCUUCAAUGCACAUGCAGCGACGGAUAUCACAGGCUUUGGGAUCCUUGGACAUGCUCAGAACCUGGCAAAACAGCAGCGGAACGAAGUGUCAUUUGUCAUCCAUAACCUGCCCGUCCUUGCUAAAAUGGCAGCUGUGAGCAAAGCAUGUGGAAAUAUGUUUGGCUUGAUGCAUGGCACUUGCCCUGAAACAUCAGGUGGCCUUUUGAUUUGCCUUCCUCGAGAACAAGCAGCUCGGUUCUGUGCAGAAAUAAAAUCGCCCAAGUACGGAGAGGGUUAUCAGGCCUGGAUUAUUGGCAUUGUGGAGAAGGGCAAUCGCACCGCCAGGAUCAUAGAUAAACCGCGGAUCAUUGAAGUGGCUCCGACAGUCGCAACGCAAAACGUCAACCCCACCCCUGGUGCCACAUCUUAAAACAAACGCAAGCGCCCAGAAAACGUGACAUUUCUUGCAGUUCUGAUGCCACCCCAAACAACUUUGUAAAUUUAACACGCCUGCCGAGUUUCGGCCUUCUGGCAGAGGGUGCGUGGGUAUAAAUCAAAUCCAUUGCCUUGUUUUUCUGUUACAUUAACUGAAGAUGCACCUAAUACUAAGGCAGCUUCUGAGUCGAGAAUCUAUUAUCCAAUACUGUUGAUUCAUUUUGAAUCUAUAGACACUUACUGUCUGUGCCACAUAGGCGGCUGUCUGUCUUUGACGUGCUUCAUUUAGAGCACACCUUACCAACAGCAGUGGAGCACUAUUUCAUUUGUCUUGGUCAAUAUAUUAUGGAAAAACGACCUGUCUGCAAUUCUGUUGCCUUGAAAGCUUUUCGGAGAAAGUGGCAGAAUGGGAAUGCAGCAGUCUGCAUGAUUUCAUUUGCUCUUUGAUUUGUAAUGUUUAUUUACACAGUUUAAGAUGUAAUGUUAGUGUUGACUUUACUCGGUCGCGCUCUCCCUCCCUCUCUCGCUCUCUCUCUCUCUCUCUCUCACUCUGUGUAAAAACAACCAUGUCCUUCCUCUGUGGUAUAUUCGCUUGACCAGCACUUCACUCUGAAGAGAAGUAUUUCUUUCCAAUUAGGCAAAUCUUCAAACAAUAAUGUUAUCAUGAUAUAUUUUCCACCCAUUACUUUGUAGCAGACACAGGUUGAUGUGCUAGUUGACACUGCGGCUCCCGGGUUCAUCAUGCAGAACGUGUUGCAGACCAAAAGAAAGUUACUGUAAAGAUUGAAGCUCAGAUUGAACUACAUUAUGACUUUUUUUUAAAUAAUAAUCAAUUAUGUUGACAAUAUGUGCUGUGGUUAUUAGUGUUUAAUACAUUUUAUAUUUUGUAAAGUGAUAUCUGCAUCUGCUUUUCUAUAAAUGCAACUAAUCUUUAGCAUAAAACUUAGUUUUUAUUUUUUUAAUUAUUCUCUAUUGAUUCCCUGCUACUCUGUUAAAUCUGAUUAAUAUUGCUGACGUCGUAUCUUGGACUUGCAUAUUCUAAUGAAUAUUUAAAGUUUUCUCUUUCCCUCUCCUCCACCAUGUAUGUUAUUUUGUGAGCACAUGCCUUGUUUCUGUAUAAUAUGUUGAAAGUGUAUUAAGACUGAGAUUUUUGUUA